CGGAGCCACCGCGCCCCCGCCGGCGCCACCACGCCCCCGCCGUCAUCGCGCCGCGACGCAGCGAGGGCCCGGCCGCCGCCAUGGUGCAGCUCGGCAGCCGCCUCCUGAGGGGUUACCGCGGCGGGCACGUCGUGAUCCGCUUCGCCCUGGGAGGCUGCACCAACCGGCCCUUCUUCCGCAUCGUGGCGGCGCACAGCCGGCGCGCCCGCGACGGGAAGUACCUGGAGCAGCUGGGCUGCCUCGACCCGCUGCCCAACGCCCACGGCGAGCGGGUGGCGGGGCUCAACCUGGAGCGGCUGCGCCACUGGCUGGGCUGCGGCGCGCAGCUCUCCCGCCCCGCUGAGAAGCUCCUGGGUCUGGCGGGGUUCCUGCCGCUCCACCCCAUGACGGUAACCGGCGCCGAGCGGCUGCGGCGGCGGGCGCGGGAGGCCGCCGCGCCCCCAGCGGACGGCUCGGCUGGGCCCGGCGACGCGCCCUGAGACGCCCCGGGCGAGGGGCCGGCGAGCGGCGGCCCAGGGCUGCACCCUGCCCCGUCGGCGCACCUGGAGGCAUUAAAGGGUCGUUUGCACACUCUG